CUGGCUAGCAAAGCUGGCUUUCCACAUUCCACAUACAGAUACACCCAAGAAAAUAAUAAACUUGAAAUGUUACGUCAGACGAUGAGCUCCACCAGUGGAUCAACUAGGGAUUGGAAAGCAGGCUCGCUGGGCGAAUCUCUGGGAGACCAAGACUGCAUUGUCAUUGGGGAAGUUCCCAAGAGACCAAAGAGGCCAACAGUGCUGUCCUCGGGAGAAGAUACAGGGAGAAGUGUGAAAUCAAAGUCCAGUAGGCGCUCCUCCGAUAUCCAAGACCAGGAUGCCGUGGCCUGCUAUACUACCAAGGUCAAAAAGAAGGCCUCUCAAACAAAUUUCUUCCCAGAGGUCGAAGCACAAAGCCAACAUUCAAGAGAAGGUUCGGCUUCCGAGGAAUACGCACCCAACGAUAUGGAAUACAUCUCCAGCGAACAGGAUGAGAUGCAGACCCGGUCCCAGCCAAGUCAACGCUCCACUGAUCACUCCAAGAGCUUUAGUCAGAUAUAUAGCGAAAUUUACGAGGAGUCCAUAGAGCGCCAACAAAAGGCCGAACAGGCCUGUAGGGCCUACAACAUAAAUAGGUCCAAGCUGCGAGGGACACGCAAGAGAUCCGAUUCAAGGGGGCGGGAGAGUGGCACCUAUAGCAGCCUGGAGUCCAGUUACUCUAGUGAUUUGGGCAAGAGAUCUGAGGAAUUCGGCAGCCAAUCAAAUGUAGAAGAAUUCAACUGCAAGGCAAUCUCUGAAGGUCAGCUAACACAAACUGUUGGCUAUCGAAAGAUCACACCCAUAAGAAGUUGCUUCAAGAGAUUACCAUCCAGCCAAACCGUGAAUGAUAUGGACAGUUUUAGGGAGAGAUCGGAACGUAGUAAUAAGAAGCUACAACCAAAAAAGUAUUAUGACGAAUACUCCACCAACACAUAUGGGCAAAGAUCAUCGUUGAGUUUGCGCGAAUCUUCUGUUUGUAUCCAGAGCUCCGUUUAUUCAAAACCAAGAAAAUACCAACGAGAGGGCUCCAAUACUGAGGAGACUAAUGACCAUGAUUACCUAACAGACUGCAAAAGUGUCUCCGGAAUAGGAAAUCCAACCUCUGUGACAUCUUCGAGCCGAACUCAAAGAGAUUAUCAUUCGCGCAGCAGCACACGCCAUAGCCAUCACCAUUAUCGUCGCCUGGAAAGUGUGCCCAAGACAUAUCAAGAUCGUGGAAAUAGUCCCAUUAAUAUCAAGACAAGGCGACAAACGAUCGAGUCUCGGAACGUUUAUACCGACAUGGACACCGAGGAAGAGAGGGAUGUUUCCUUCCGCAAGUCGAAUAUCUCUGUUGGAGUGCAAUAUCCCAGUGACGAUGAGGAGGGAGAAGAAUAUCGCAGCAAUAUGUCUGAUAUUUCUUACCCGAAAUCCGGUGGGAGAAGCUACUGCAAAGAAAGUUCAGUGUUGAGCUUUACUCAACUGGUUCGAAAUGUGUACGAUGAGGAUCGGGAGAUGACAGACAGAUCUGGAAGUAGGAUAGUUAGUCGUGGUUUAGGAGUGACUAGUGAUGAGGAAGGUCCAAGUCAACCAAGUGAAUAUACGUUUGACGAUGGACACACUAAUCCUUGCGAAGAAUUCACUGAUGUAUGUAGUGAAGACCCAGAAAUUCAUCUGGAGGAGGAGCCAUACGAUAAACAGGAUGUAGGUGAUCGAAAUGUAAGCCCCUCUGAACCAGAUCAAGUCGAUGGUGAAAUUGUGGAGGAAUUGUCAGAGGAUCAGAUUCUAAGCUCCGAAGAGGAGCCAGCCUUAUCAUCUACUCACCUGGCUUCCCAUGAAAUGAGCGACGUUGAGUCUAAACCAAUCACGGAUAAUCUAAAGACCAAGUCAAAGAACGGCCUGGGUCUCAGGAUAUACAAUGCGGACGAGGCUCUAAUGGAGAUUCCAGAGGGUUUCCAGGGAGAUGCGAUUAUUCUGGACGAUGAUGCAGAUUUCUUGGACAUAACGUUGACCGAUGAUGAGGAGCAUAUUCGGGCCAAGCUAAUGGCGGCUGCUUUGACAACCAGAACGAGCAAUCCAUCGAGCAGUGUUAAUACCAGUCGCAAGUCUCGUCGUUCCAUAGAUUCCACAAGUAGUAUCUUGAGCUACAAGCCCAGCGUCAUCUUCUCCCGCCGAUCGGAGGUGGAGGAGAAAUCCCCACGUACCGAUCGCGUAUCUCUUCUGGCCGAGCGUGUUUUUCGAGCCUGUGCCAAUCCCUAUACUGAGCCAUCCAAUUGGCAACCUUCGGCAACACCAAAGUCCAACUGGCAGCCCAUGGAGGAAAGUAAGUACUCCAAAUUGACGGCCAGCAUCCUGGACGACAGAGAGAACACACUGAACGGUGCCCUUCAGCUGCUGACCCAGGAUUUCAACAGGAAGCUGCAACGCCAGCUUAAAGAAAUAGCUCAGAGUUUUCAUUGAAUUAUAUUGCUGUGUAUAUAUAUUUUUUAUUCGAAUACAACUCGAAAUUUGUUUCUCUGCACGCUAAAAGAAAAAAAAAAAGAA